UAUAAUCUUGAUGAUUCAAGUGGAUACAUGAAAGUCAAUGUUCAAUCAUCAUCAUCAUUGGGAAGAUAAUUAAGAAAUAUGAAGAGAAAGUGUAAGGAAGGAGGAUGAAUAUUCAUCAUCUCUCUCACUCCUCCUCUCAUCAUCAUCAUAAUCAUCAUCUUCUUCAUCCUCAUCCUCAUCUUCAUCUUCAUCCGGAUCAGAAUCAGUUCGAGUUUAAAUUUUAAUGUUCAUUUUCACUUCUUCCAAUCAGAUCGUCAGUGGAUUUUGAUAAUUGUGCCAUCAACGGGUUAAUCAUGGGUGUUGAUUCAAACGCUUUUAAUUCACUAAUUAACGAUAAAUCGGAAAAUAGUGAAAGUAAACAAUCAACAUUAGAACAAGUUCUAACCGAAUAUGUUGGCUCCUUUGGGUCAUUCCAAAAGCUACUGACCCUUUACAUUUGCCUGUUCGUUGGUCCGAUCACUUCAAUGAACAUGAUCUCUCAAUUUUUAAUUCUGUUAAUUCCUCCUCAUCAAUGCGAUCUAUCAACAAUUAACUCAAACCUUUCAAUCGUUGAUAAUAGUCUGUUGAAUGAUUUACCACCAAUAUCAACCGAUGAUCCACCGAUACAAUUAAUCAAUCAAUUAGAUGGAUCUUGUCUAAUUAAACGUUACAUUGAUUCAUCACCUAAUUUAACUAAUUCAGUUCCAUGUCCACAAGGUUGGCAAUAUGAUCACCAAUUAAUUUAUCCAACUCUGGUUUCUGAAAGGGAUUGGGUUUGUGAGGACAAAUGGAAGGCCCUUUUGCCCCAUUCCGUUUAUUGGGCUGGAGCUACGAUCGGGUGUUUUGUUUUUGGAGCUUUUUCUGAUAAAUUUGGUCGGGUUCCAACUACUAUGGUAAUCUUCAUGCUCGCUGGAUUAUCUGGUCUUGCUGGUUUGUUAUUCUCGGAUGAUUUUGCUUUAUUUGUUGUAACUCGAGGAUUAAUGGGAUUUGCAUUCACCGGAUCAGUUACAUUGGUUUUGGUAAUUGAGUUUGUCGGCCUUCGUAAUCGUCUCCUUGUGUCUACUGCAUUCGUCGCUUCCCAUUCAAUCACAAAUGGCCUUUGGUCUGCGUUUGCCUAUUACAUCAGUAAUUGGAAAUUACUUUUAAUCCUCAGCUCAUUGGCUCAGUUUUUGAUACCUUUAGUUUCAUUAUUAACUCCAGAAUCAGUGCGAUGGUUAUACUCGAAGGGUGAAUUUGAGAAGGGAGCGAAAGUACUUCAGACUGUUGCUCGAUUUAAUGGGAAAGAUAUUCCAGAAAAAGUUCUACAGUCAAUUGUAGUUCGAAAGCCGGUCCCAUUUGCUUUGAGAGAAUUUCUUAAUUAUCCUAGACUUUGUCGAAACUUUAUUUUCGCCGGAAUUUUGAGUAUUCUCAACGGGAUAACCUUCAUUGGAACCAAUUUGUACGCUGCCGUUUUAUUGAAGAAUCCAUUCCUUGUCUUGUCUUUGAACGCUUUCAUUGAUGCGAUCGCUGGCCUGGUCUCGAAAAAUUUAGCCGAUCGAUAUGGACGAAGACGAAUCAUGUUGAUUAACAUUUGCCUUUCAUUUGUUAUCUACGAAUUAGCAAAUUUCCUUGAUAAAAAUUCCAUUGAGUUCAUGAUAAUAUUUUACCUCGGACGUUUCACCGCUGCCAAUACGUUCAAUAUCCUUUACUUGUACGUCGCUGAAAUUGUUCCGACUUUUUUCCGAUCUCGAGCUGUAUCAACGCGCUUAUGUUUAAACAACUUCGGCGCUUUUAUCGCUCCAUUCAUAAUUAGUCUACAUUCAUAUAAGUCAUUCCUUCCGUUGACGAUUAUUGGCCUUACAUCAGCUCUUUCGGGCAUUCUCGUUGUAUUUCUACCUGAGACUCUCAACGUUCCACUUCCGGAAACUUGUCAAGAAGCCGAGCAACUUGGACGAAAAGAAGGAAAUAACAAUUAAUCUAAGAAUAAAUCUAAAUCGUUAACUAUACACUCCUUUCUAUUAAUACCAAUCAGAACUUUUCCAUUUUAGAAAUUAAAUAAAUUCUUUUAUACUUGA